CGGCCCCGCCCCGCCCCACGCGGAAGUGCCGCGGCCCGCGGGCCCAUGGCGGAGCGGGGUCAUGUCGCUGGUGCUGGCGCUGCUCUCGCAGGCGCUGAGCCGGGUGUGGCGGAGCCCCGCGAGUAGGGCUCGCCAUGCCCCCCCGAGCCGCGCCAUGGAGCACGACAGGGCCAUCGAGGUCUACGAUAUAAUCCGGACUAUCCGGGACCCGGAGAAGCCGAACACUUUGGAAGAACUGGAAGUGGUGACAGAAAACUGUGUGGAAGUGCAGGAGAUAGGGGAGGAUGAAUAUCUGGUCAUCAUCAGGUUUACACCAACAGUACCUCAUUGUUCCUUGGCCACUCUCAUCGGCCUUUGUUUAAGAAUAAAACUUCAGAGAUGUUUGCCUUUUAGACAUAAGCUGGAAAUCUACAUUUCUGAGGGCACACAUUCCACUGAGGAGGACAGCGUUGUGUUUGGAACAAAAGGAGGUGCUGCUGAAUAAUUAACAUGAAGAGGUGCCUCACCCAUUGAUCUCGCUGUCCUAAAACCUGCACAACAAAAAUUGAUGUUUCUCAGUCAGUUUUUGAUGUAAAGCUUGCAGGACAUGGAUGUUCUGCACAGCCAGAGUCAGGCACUGCCUUAAGCAGCCGUGGAGUCCAGGCAGUGCCCUGGGCUUGAGCAUUCAGUGUCUGGCAAAAAUAGGUUGUUUUGGUUAAAUAGCUAGAAACUGAACCUGGAGAACCUGGGCUACUAAUUUAUCAUUAAUUUCACUCUUGAUUUUGGGACAUGUCAUUGGAUCACCUUACAUGCUUUUCCUAAACUAGAAGAGUGACAAGAAUUACUGAUGUCCAGUGGUUGUUUUGUUGUGACUGAGCUUUCAUUUACCUUGUUCCCCAUUUCCAGUAAUCCUCCUUGUAAUGUCCUUUUCCCCUGAGCAUCCCCACGCCCUCGGCUGUCCCUGGGAGCCCCUGAUCCCCCCUCUCCCGGGUGUU